AGAUGCACGAGGCAAUAGCUGGGAUUCAAGCCCCAUGUUAGAUGGCGGGUUAUCACAAAAUGCAAGGAUGCAUUGACUGCCGGAAUGACAUAGGAAAGAGCACCAGAUGUCCAUAAUCUGUAAAAAUUAUAGGGCAAGAAAGCUAGGCAUUUUGCUCUGACAUACAAAACAUGACACUCCCAUCUCAUGUAGAUGUGGUUACUAAUGGAGAUGCUUCCUUUGAUUCUGGCCAUAACCGUCUUCUUCAACUUGGUUACAAACAAGAACUCAAGCGCGAUCUCUCGGUGGUUUCGAAUUUUGCACUUUCUUUUUCUAUUAUAUCAGUGCUCACUGGUAUUACCACCCUUUACAACACUGGUUUGAACUAUGGUGGCCCAGUUUCCAUGCAAUAUGGUUGGUUUUUGGCUUCUGCUUUCACCAUGCUUGUUGCACUCUCAAUGGCUGAAAUUUGUUCAGCUUUUCCAACUUCUGGUGGUCUUUACUAUUGGAGUGCCAAACUUGCUGGUCCCAAAUGGUCACCUUUUGCCUCCUGGAUUACUGGAUGGUUCAAUAUUAUUGGCCUGUGGGCAGGGACAACAAGUGUAGAUUUUUCACUUGCACAACUCAUUCAGGUCAUCAUUCUCCUUAGUACUGGUGGAAAAAAUGGCGGUGGAUAUGUAGCAUCUAAAUAUGUAGUUCUUGCUUUCCAUGGUGGGAUUUUGCUUCUUCAUGGUUUAAUAAACAGUCUUCCUGUUUCCGUCUUAUCAUUCUUGGGACAACUCAGUGCUAUCUGGAAUGUUUUAGGUGUUUUUGUACUUAUGAUUCUCAUUCCAUCUGUUGCAACGGAAAGGGCUAGUACCAAAUUUGUUUUCACUCAUUUCAAUGCUGAUAAUGAGGAUGGAAUCAAUAGCAGACCCUACAUGUUUCUCUUGGGACUUCUAAUGAGUCAGUAUACCCUUACUGGCUAUGAUGCAUCAGCACAUAUGACUGAGGAAACUAAAGGUGCUGAUAAGAAUGGACCAAAAGGAAUUAUAAGUGCUGUUGGGAUAUCUAUUAUUGUUGGAUGGGGUUACAUAAUAGGUAUUACCUAUGCAGUUACUGACAUCCCUUCCCUUUUGAGUGAAAAUAAUGAUGCUGGUGGGUAUGCAAUUGCUGAGAUAUUUUAUCAAGCAUUCAAGUCAAGAUAUGGAAAUGGAGUUGGGGGUAUUAUUUGCUUGGGAAUAAUUGCUGUUGCCAUUUUUUUCUGUGGUAUGAGCACAGUUACCAGCAAUUCAAGGAUGGCUUAUGCUUUCUCAAGAGAUGGGGCCAUGCCAUUUUCAUAUUUGUGGCAUAAAGUUAACAAGCAGGAUGUCCCCAUAUAUGCAGUUUGGCUUUCUGUUUCUAUAUCAUUUUGCAUGGCCCUAACGUCUCUUGGAAGUUUAGUGGCAUUUCAAGCCAUGGUAUCCAUAGCAGUGAUUGACCUAUACAUUGCUUAUGCCCUUCCUAUCUUCUUUAGGGUGACCUUGGCAAGAAAGUCUUUUGUUCAAGGGCCAUUCAACUUGGGUCGUUAUGGAAUCAUUGUUGGUUGGAUUGCAGUUAUUUGGGUGGUGAUCAUAUCCAUUUUAUUCUCAUUGCCUGUUGCAUACCCAAUAACAAUUGAGACACUUAACUACACACCUGUUGCACUUGGAUGUUUGACCAUUCUUGUACUUUCUUAUUGGCUAAUCAGUGGUAGGCAUUGGUUUAAAGGACCUAUAACCAACUUAGAAGACUGAAGUUUGUACCCAAUAUAUAUUUAGUAAAUUGGGCACAUUUUUUAUAUAAACUAUUUUUAAAACUAUAUAUGCAAUCUAUUUUGUCUGUUAUAUACUACUGGAUAUAUAUUAUUUAUGAUCUAUGUGACCAUGUCUCAAUUUACUUUUUCA